AUGUCAGAACAAGGAGCCAAUUUGCCUUGCGCAAUGAAUACUAAAAUUAAAGUUGAACCAGGCCAAUGCAGUGUUUUUGAGAACUAUCCAAAAAGAGAAGAUGAUUAUGGUUUUUUGAAAAACAUUUUCUCAACAAUUCCAUUGAAAGCAGACCCUGCGAUUUCAUUUAUAACAACUAAAAAUGAGAUUGAAAAUAAGUGUAUGGAAUAUGAGGAUGAUUGCAGAAAUGUGUUCAGUAAAGAACAAUACAAGUUUGACAGAUUAAAGGAACAUUUGAAAAAAAACAAUGAACUUCUGGAAAAUAAAUGUGAACAUUGUAAAGGAACCCAUCUAGGUAUCAAAUUAGAAGAAGCACAAUCUCAAUGCCAUUGUUUUGCAAAGGGAUUUGAUCACAGAAGUAAACCAGAUAAACAUUUGAUAAUACAAACAGGAAAGAUGCCCAAUGAAUGUAAGAAUUUGAACAAACAUUUAUGGAAACCUGCAGGAGAGGCAUCAUAUGAAUGUGAACAUUGUGGAAUGAAGAUCAAUCAAGGCAAGAGUUUGAAGAUACAAUUAAAGAAACAUAAAGGACAAGUAGCAUAUGAAUGUGAACAAUGUGGAAAAAUAUUUACGCACAGGAACAGUUUGAAAACACACUUAAGGACACAUACUGGAGAGAAGCCAUAUGAAUGUGAAUAUUGUGGAAAGAGAUUUAAUCAAAGUGGCAGUUUCAAUACACAUUUAAGGAUACAUACAAAAGAGAGGCCAUAUGAAUGUGAACAUUGUGGAAAGAAGUGUAUUACCAGUAGCUAUUUGAAAAUACAUUUAAGGACACACACGGGAGAAAAACCGUAUGAAUGUGAUCAAUGUGGAAAGACGUUUAGAGCUUACCUCGGUUUUAGACAACAUUUAAUGGUACAUACAGGUGAGAAACCACAUGCAUGUGAACAUUGUGGAAGGAGGUUUAUUCAAAGUGGCGAUUUGAAAAAGCAUUUAAGGAUACACACAGGAGAGAGACCAUUUGAAUGUGAACAUUGUGGAAAGAAAUUCAAAAGACGUGGUACUAUGAGAAAGCAUGUAACCAUGCAUACAGACGAACCGAGUGAAUGCAAAGAGUGUGGAAAGAUAUUUAAACAAAAAGAGUCUUAUAAAAGACAUAUGCAGAUACAUGCAGGUGACGUACCGUAUGAAUGUGAACAUUGUGGAAAGAAAUUUCUUUAUAAAGGCUCCUGGCAAGUACAUUUAAGAAUACAUACAGGUGAGACUCCAUAUGAAUGUAAACCAUGUGGACGGAGAUUUAAGGACAUUUCCAGCUUGAGAAAACAUUUGAAGAGUGUGCAGCACACACGAAGACUGGCAUUUUUAACUAAAACUAGGUUGUACACACUUCAAUGA